AUGUCAUUUUUCGGUUGCAACAACACACAUCCCGAUUUCUGUUCACUCUUUAAAGUGGAAAUGUAUCCAGCCAUCGGCAAAGCAUUCACCAAUUUAAUCACCGAUUGCAAGAAAAGAUACGAGCUUGUUAACGACUUCAAGAAAUUGAAAGGCGAUAAUGUGUUCAGUUGUGGAUCGGAGCGUUACGUGGGCUCGGGCAGCUUCGCAAAAUGGCUCACGGAACGAAAAUGCUCACAUGUCAGAGCUGCUCUUGACGCCUCUUGUUUCAUCCACGAUCAAUGCUAUCUGACAUUGAGUGUUGAAAAGGAGAAGUGCGAUGAAAAUUUUUGCAAAUUGAAUCGUCGCUUCGAGUACAGCGAUCACCCACAAUGCACGACAGCAAUUGAGACGGCUUGUUUAGCCGUUAUGUUAGCGGAUCGAGAA